ACCACUAUCUCACUCCUCCACAACCCACUUUUCUCUUUCUAACCAAGUAUCAUGACUAAAGAUGUGCCGGAGCAAGGUUCCUUCUCCGCCAAGGACUACCACGACCCACCGCCGGCGCCGUUUAUCGACCCCGGCGAACUGACCAAGUGGUCCUUCUACAGAGCUGUAAUCGCUGAGUUCGUUGCCACUCUUCUCUUCCUUUAUAUUACUGUUUUGACCGUUAUUGGCUACAAAGCUCAGACCGACCCUGCCAAGAACCUCGACCAGUGCGGCGGAGUUGGAAUCCUCGGCAUCGCUUGGGCCUUCGGUGGCAUGAUCUUUGUUCUCGUUUACUGCACCGCCGGUAUCUCCGGAGGACACAUUAACCCAGCAGUGACUUUUGGUCUGUUUCUGGCUCGUAAAGUGUCACUGAUCCGUGCCUUCAUGUACAUGGUGGCUCAGUGUUUAGGAGCCAUUUGUGGUGUGGGUUUGGUCAAGGCUUUCCACAAAACCUACUACAACAACUACGGCGGAGGAGCCAACGAACUAGCCGACGGCUACAACAAAGGCACCGGACUAGGCGCUGAGAUCAUCGGAACUUUCGUCCUCGUCUACACCGUCUUCUCCGCCACCGAUCCCAAGAGAAGUGCCCGAGACUCCCAUGUUCCCGUUUUGGCACCACUUCCAAUUGGGUUCGCCGUGUUCAUGGUCCACCUUGCCACCAUUCCGAUCACCGGUACCGGAAUCAACCCCGCCAGGAGUCUUGGAGCUGCCGUCAUCUACAACAAGGAAAAAGCUUGGGAUGAUCAGUGGAUAUUCUGGGUCGGACCUUUCAUCGGAGCAGCCAUUGCGGCUUUCUACCACCAGUUCAUAUUGAGAGCAGGUGCAGUCAAAGCUCUUGGAUCCUUCAGAAGCAGCUCUCAUGUUUGAUUUGAGAUUUUAAUUAUUGUAUUUUGUUAUUAACUUUUUUCAAUGCAAAAAAAAGGUGAAAAAUGAAAUAAUAUUUAUGGUGGAAUUCUCGUUUUAGCCUUCAUAAUGUAUUUAAUAUUCAUUGGCUG